CGAACGGCUCUCCGAGGCCUUAGACACGGUGUGGACUUUUCUCCCGAGACCGAUACAUCGAACUCGCUUCACUUGUUUUCAAUCAACUUGUCAACCACACAUAACGUCAAGACAUCGCACACCUUCAGUUCUCCAAGUUUCUUUCGCGCGCGCUGACUCGGUGUACGCGAGGUGUUCAGAUCUAGAGUUUGUUAUUGUACCCUUUGGACUUUGAGGAAAAGUCUGCAAGUCGUGCAGACAGCAUCAUUGCGCGACUCACAACACACACCGCCAAUUGUCGGGCUCCAAGUUCUUCAGCGAGCUACAUCGCGACAUCGCGAACAGUUAACAUCGACGAGUGACGAGUAGCAGCCAGCACGACGAAGUCGAGCAACAGAGUCGAAGAAGAGAAACAGCAGCAGCAGCAGCAGCAGCAGCAGCAGUGCACGGUCAUCCCGACGCAUCGGAAAACUGCUGGAUGCUGCUGCAGCGAGGCGUGCCGAGGUGUCGCCGCGGCCGUCGAGGGGCAACAAUCGCCUCGACUCCUUUCCUUCGGCUCAGUGUGGCUAGCAGUCGUCAAGCUGGAUUCCAACAAGCAGUACGUGUCGCGAUUGCAUCGUGGCUACCGGAGGCUUAAGAAAUUGUUCAAGCGUGUGGCGAACCAGACGCUUACCGCUUCGCCACAGCCGGCAGUAACGGUGGAGGGGCCGGUGUUCAAAAUGUCUCCACCGACGAACGAGGUGACGAACGGCCUGGGCCUCGCGGCUCCCGAGGCCCCGGCGAGGCUGCCCGCGCAGCCGGCCGGCGCCAACACCACCGCGCAUCGGCCGAGCCUCGCCGCCAACCUCGACACCAGCACUGCCGCCAGCAGCCCCAACAGCGCCACGCUCGCCACGCUCGCCAACACCCGCAAGCGCAGUCCCGAGGAUUUCAUCUUCGGCAAGGUCAUCGGCGAGGGCAGCUUCUCCACGGUCUAUCUCGCCAAGGACAUUCACACGAGCAAGGAGUACGCGAUCAAGGUAUGCGAGAAGCGGCAUAUCAUCAAGGAGAAAAAGACCGAGAACGUGAAACGCGAGAAGGAGGUGCUCAACAUGCUCGCCGCCGCCAAGCACUCCUUCGUGCGCCUCUUCUGCACCUUCCAAGACGUCGAGCGGCUGUACUUCGUGCUCUCGUACGCCAAGAACGGCGAGCUGUUGCCGCACAUCAACAAGGUGGGCAGCUUCGACGUCGAGUGCACCAGGUUCUACGCGGCCGAGAUGCUGCGUGGCCUCGAGUACCUGCACGGCCUUGGCAUCAUCCACCGCGACCUCAAGCCCGAGAACAUCCUGCUCGACGACAAUAUGCACGUGCUCAUCACCGACUUUGGCAGCGCCAAGAUUCUGCGGGCCGAGCCCGAGGCGUCGCUGCUGCCGCCACAGCAGCAGCAGCAGCAGCAGCAGCAGCAGCAGCAGCAGCAGCAGCAGCAGCAGCGACCGCCGCCGCCGUCGUCGAACGCCGAGCAGCAGGCCGCACCCCGCAGUCGCGAGCCGGAGCCUUGCCGGCGUGAGCGGCGCAACUCGUUCGUCGGCACCGCUCAGUACGUGUCGCCGGAGCUACUCACCAACAAGACCACCAGUCGCGCCUCCGACCUGUGGGCUCUCGGCUGCAUCGUUUACCAGAUGGUCGCCGGCCUGCCGCCUUUCCGCUCGCGCAGCGAGUACCUCAUCUUCCAGAAGAUCCUUGGCCUCGACUACGAGAUCCCCGACGGCUUCGACGAGCUGGCGCGCGACCUCGUCAGCAAGCUGCUGGUGCUCGAACCGGGCCAGCGACUGGGCGCGAGCGACGAGCACGGCGCUGGGUAUCCGAGCAUCCGGGCCCACUCCUUCUUCGCCGGCGUCGACUUCGAGACGCUCCACGAGCAGACGCCGCCGCCGAUCUAUCCCUACCUACCCGGCACCUCCGAGCACGAGGAGCUGCGCUCGCACUACCGCGUGCCGGACAACCUCAAGCCCGGUCUCGAUGACAAGCAGCUUACCAGACUCCUCGGCUUGGGCAUCGCCGAGCCCAGCGACGACGACGAGGACGACGAGACCGCCAGCCUCGAGCAGCAGAAGCAGCAGCAACAGCAGCAACAGCAGAAGCAACAGCAGCUCGAGCAGGAGCAGCAGCAGCAGCGGCUCAGGGCCGAGAAGCGCGAGAAACAGCGCCGGCUGCGCCUCGAGAGGCCAAAGAAGAAGCCCGGCAUUGCUGAUCUCAGCCAGGAAGAGAUAAGCCGCCGGCUCGAGGAGCAGAAGGCCAGUAACCCGUGGCAUGGCUUCGUCGACGGCAAUCUCAUCGUCAAGCAGGGCUUUGUCAACAAGCGCAAGGGCCUCUUUGCCCGCAGAAGGAUGCUCUUGCUCACCACCGGUCCCCAUCUUUACUACGUCGAUCCCGUCAACAUGGUGCUCAAGGGCCAAAUUCUCUGGAGCAAGGAACUCAGGGUCGAGCCAAAGAACUUCAAAAUCUUCUUCGUGCAUACUCCCAAUCGCACGUACUACCUUGAGGAUCCGGAGGGCUUCGCGCUCGAUUGGUGCCAAGCCAUCGAGGACAUGCGAGUUCAUUGUUACGGCACUGUCACGGAUGCCACUUCCGGCUAAGGCUGCCCUCGCGUACUACCAGGAGAGAUAAGACCGAAGAAAAUCACGUCAGAACAAACUGCCCCAUAUUCAAAAUCUCUGAUCGUCGAUUUCACUGAGGAGCCUUUGAAAGAAAUAACUGUUCAGCAAGUAAAGUGAUUUGUCACUUACCACAGACUUAAAUCGUGAUUUUCACUUUUUCGUUUAGAUGACAAUUUUUAGUGAGUUUCCUGAGACAGAAAUUAAUUUGGAUAGUUGUAGGCUCAAUAAGGGACCGAAACCGGCGAAUCAGUUCAAAGAUAUGUUGAAAAAUCAUUUUAGGCUUUUUUUUUGUUCUUUGGGACUUUGAUUUGGUUCGUCGAGAAGUGAUAAAAAUCCAUAUUGUUUCCGAUGUAUGUGCUGUAAAUAGUUGUAAUUAUCGUAGGUUGACAUUGCCGCUUCAAGCUUUUGGUCCCUCGAUAUAUCGCAGUUCGAAACGAAGCGCGCGCUAAUGAUAUUCGUCCAAAGCUAUUCCUUCCACAUGAACGAAUACGUUUGUGAUUCGAAGAAAACUCUUUAUAGAUAAUUAUAUUUGAUGCGGAAAAAAAUUCAAAUUAAUGAAGGAGUAGCUCAGCGCCACUUUGACGUUCGACGCGACAAUCUAGUAAAUUUACUUAUUUAUUUGCAUAAUUACUGCAUUGUUAUACUAGCUAAAACUUGAAUGUAUUUACAUGAUUCUAUAGUCGUUAGCGAUGAAUUAUCUAUAAAUACUAGGUACAUUGUCGCCGAAAGCGGAAGUGGGUAUAUGGUUGUAUAGAAGAUUGCAUUCGUUAAAGUUUUUAUCGCGAUAGAGCUCUCAAUUCCGUUUACCGAUGUAAUAUACCGUUAAAGCGUAAAUGUCCUGUAAAUAUUUGUGUAAAUUGACGCGAUUCUCAUAAGUAACUAUGUAAAAUUGUUAGCAUGAAGUAAAUCAUUUUAGCUAUAGUAAAAUUAUAACGUAUUGAGCUAAUAAUUUAUUAAUUUUUUGUGAAUAUUUUUUAGAGUCAAGUGUAUAAAGUCGAAGCAAGAAAAAUGCAAUUUAUUAAGUUAUAAUUUUUUUGUUAGUAAUUAUUUAUAGUCGUAUAUUUCUUGGAUUGAGAGCUUCAUCGCGAAAAUAUUGGCGUAUCGAUAAAAAUGAAAUCGAAGAGAAAGUCGAAGCUGCCAUGUGAUUUACUUUUAGGUAGCCAGCGAUAUUUUCUUCGCUUUUCGCCAAUUCAAAUUCUGUAAAAAUACGAAUCCUAGCCCACAAAAAAACCUUCGACUCACAAAGUCUGCAUACAAAAAAAUAGAAAAAUGGGCAAAUAAUAUGUGAAAUCGGCAAAAGCUGCUUCGUGCCCUUGGAGAGACUUGAAACAGGGUAUUUAUUCAUUAAACAACUUACUGGCGUACUUAAGCAAGUUGAAAGUCUUUAAAUUAUCGUGCCGUGCUUAAUAAGAAAUUAAGGAUACCUUUUUUUACGUAACAGCUACGUACGUCUCAAGUUGUCUCCGCAAAAAUGUUUGUUUGCAGCAUUUUGUCCUCAGACCCAGCAAUUUAUUCAAAAUGACCGCUUUUGACGAGUUGCGUACGGUUUGGGCGGAAGAUGACAUUCAUCGACUUAAAUCACAUUCUAUUUAGUUCAAUGAAAUAAGUUUAAAUUGACUUUAUUAGUAAAUGAAAUCUAAAUAUAAAAGCACGAUGUUAUAGUUUAAGGGUGGUCGACGUUACUCGUUAGUUAAAACGCCUCAUUUCAUUCAACUGAUCGUUGGAGAAUAGCUAGAUUUAUUAAGUUACAUAUGUAUACUAUAGAGAAAGAAAGGUUUUUAAUGUGGCACGAGGCGAACUUUCACGAUUUCAUAACGGCAACUGAGAGGUAGUGACGAGUCAAUCAAAAUUGAAGAAUGUUCUUAACGUGAAGUACUUUCUACAGUCAGUUUUUCAAUCAAUUAGUUCAAUAGAUUCUCGUAGGAAAACAUCGUUAGUUUUUGAGUUCCUAAGUGAGAAAAUAUUUAUUAAAAGUUUUAACGUUUUUUUCUUUGAGAAUCUCAUGUUAAGUAGAAAUCUUCACAGAACAUCCGAAGUCUGUAAACUGGCAAGCGUAUUUUUACGUGUAAAUAAAGACUGACAAGAAUUGCAACAUUUUUUUCAUGUUUCUAAAUAGAAAAUGCUAGAAUGUUGUUUGACGAUUUUUGUAUGCUGUUCACUUUUUUUUAUAUGAGUCAGUGUUAUUAUUAUUACUAAAGUUAUGUUUAUUUUCUGAAUUGAGAGGCGACAGUGUCUUCAUUAUCAUAUAAGUUUAAAAGUACAUUUAUUCUUUACAUUUAAAAUUGUUUAGUAAUUUUCGUUUUCAAAUUUUAUAUUAUAAUUUUUCUUUGCGCAUUUUCGUCGGGAGUGGAAUACUUAAAAAAAACUUAAAUCAUUUUGAAUGCGAAAAAUCGCCUAAACUAGCAAUUGCAGUAUUAUUAAAUAUAUAUAGACUUGCAGCGACAAAUGUGCGAAGGUACGAAAUUAAUGUUAAGUGUAACAUUUAAUAAAGACUUGUACAUAGCUACUUAUAUAAUUGAAAUUAGAUUUAAGUCCUAUGAAUAUAUAACACGUCACAUUAUUUAUAGUAAAAUUUCUGAAAUAUCAACCUUUAUGACUUAUUUUUUGAAAUUCAGCCUUUUCCCUAUUCAGUUGUUCACAAAUGUCACCAAAUUAUAGGUAAUAAUCAAGUAAUAGUUGGCAUAUUUUUUUGAAAAAAAUAAACCAUAUUUAUAUUAUAAUGUUAAACAAUCUGUUCAAUAAAGUUUAAUUUAGAAUU